CAGAAAGUCGGCUCGGACAUGGACAUCGAUGACCUCCUGCUCUAUCGUUCAAAGAACGAGUGGAUCUUGCCCUCAGGAUUGGAUGGUGACUGGAAAGAGGCCAAGAGCAUACUUCAGGAGACCAAAUGCCACGCUGAGGCAGUACGCCCGUAUAAAGUUGCGCUUUUAGGUCGCACAGUAGGGUCCGGAAAAUCCACACUCUUGAACGCCCUGCUACGCAAACCCAUUCUUGCCGCCUCUGCCGCUGGCGCUUGCACAGCAGUGAUCACAGAAAUCAGCUACAACGAUACGCUGCAGGCAGAAGUAGAGUUUAAGCAUGCGGACCAAUGGAGAAAGGAGCUGUGCACGUUGUACACAGAAGCACGAGUACAGGUGGAAGGCGAGGAGUUGAAGAGCUCUGCAGUGAGUCAGCCAGGGAACGAAUGCGUCAGGUGCGUCUCCUCACCUGCACUCCAUCCUCGUGCCUUAGAACUCGUUCCAAGUUGUUUCCGGGGUGGGAUCUCAGACAAACAGGUCAACCAAUGGCCGAGCUUUGAAGCAUUUCGUGACGACAAUGAGCUUGCAAAGCAUCUAGGAACUUCCGUUAAACUGAAUGAUACAACUUUCGACAACUUUCAGAAGAAUCUCGAGACAUUCCUGGCCUCUACCUUGAGUCAGCAAAGCACACGACAGCUCUGGCCGAUUGUUCGUGUUGUGCGAAUCUGCGGCCCUUUCGAAAUUCUCUCGACUGGGGUAACACUGGUCGAUCUGCCCGGCUUCGGAGACGUGGAUCACUUGAGAGAUGCCGUCGCUGCGUCUUAUCUUGAACAGGCCGAUGCGGUGCUCCUCGGUGAAGUCAUACUCGAUAUCCCGCCUGCGUGCUUCUCAUGCAGUUGUCUAGUUGCCGGGAUCUCGAGAGCCAAGGACGAUAAGGAUGUCAAUACCCAUCUCAAUACCUAUAUUAACCAAUGCAUCGUUGAUGGUCGGGUACAAGACCGGUCGAUUGCGGUCAUUCUCACCGGCGCCGAUAACCGCAUCAGCAGUAAUGAGUUUACAUUAGAACAGUCGGAGCAAGUAAGGGUCAACGCUCUGGAAUCGAGCAUCCAAGCUCUUCUGGAUGACGAAGAUGAAAUCACCAGGAAACUCGAGAAGAAGAUGAAGUCAAAGUCAAGGUCAAAGAAACAUCAGGAUGGACUGAACGAUCUUCAAAAUCAGGUGCAGAAGUGCCACGACCAGAGGGUCGCCGAAAUCAAACAGAGAAACACUCUCCUAGCUAAAGGACGCGCACAGCUAGUGGAAUUGCAGUUUCAAAACAAGUUCAAAUACAUGUUCCAGGACUUGGCGCCCAAAGAUAAGCCCAUACCAAACGUGGAUAUACCCGUCUUCGCUGUUGGGAGUAAAGACUUCAUGUGUCUGAAAAGAAUUGAGACCGACGAUGCAAUGAUGUUUUCGACCGCAGAGGAGACCGGAAUUCCCCGAUUAACAGACCAUCUUCGAACGGUCGGAGAACGUCGCGCCUUGACUCAUGCUCAGUCUGGUCUAGUCGGUUUUUGCGACAUCGUUCAACGGGCAGACAAGAUUGUCAGCAUCAAACCUCAUGAUGCGGGGACGCAGCAGGAAACUGAUCUGACGAAGCUCAAGAGCGAACUCGACCAGAAGUGCGCGGCCGUCCUGGAUCGAAUGCUGGGCACUGUCAACGAUCUCUUUUUCCACGAGCUGCAACACGUCAUGAAAACCUCGCUGGCUAUCGCCAAGGAUCGCAGCACAUCUGUCUUCGAGAAACAUACCACGAAGAAGUGGUUCCGAUAUCGGACCCUUAUGCGACAAGAGGGAGUGUUUGAAAAAGAAGACAUCAACGUGGAAUUGACGCAGAAUGAGCUCGUUUCGGUGCUAAACGCGUGGAAUGACAUAUACAACUACAAACUGGGAUCAGCCUUUCGACUGUACUACGAAGAGUUGCGCGCAGAGAUCUCGACCCAUAGCCUAUACUUGACCGCUGCUGAUCCUCUUCGUGCACAAUCUGAUCUUGACCUUCUCAAAACUGUGUUGAACCAAGUGAAUUCGGUCGCUGUCACCGUGACUCAGAGACAAGGUGUUCCACAGCGUGCAUGGCCUCUUGCGACCAAGGCCAUCCUCCAACCUCAAUAUGAAAAAGCAGCAGCCCAGAAAGGACCGGGAAUGUACAAGCGAAUGAAGCUCAAUCGCGAUUACAUGCACAUGCACGGCGCUUCACUCUUCCAGCGUCUCGAAGAAACUGUCAACGAGCUGAACCGGGCACUUGUCAUCACUCUACGCACUGGGAAUGAUGAAAAGCUGAAGCGGCACAUCAAUCAACUUGCAUUGGGAUCCAUCACCAUCGAUCCCGUACCUGAAAAGACGGCCAUGUCGAACACAGAGCUCAAAACGUUCAUCGCAGAGCACGAAGACAUUGCAUGCCAUUUGCUUGAUGAAAUCAAGAAUCGAUUACAAGCUCUGGUUGUAUAAUUUCCUCUCGGUCCCAUGCUGUACCUUUCCUGGUCUACCUCCACUGUAAUCUGUAUUCUAUCGCAUGUUCUGUGUAUCGCGCUCUCUCGUCGCACUCGUAUCGCUUGCAUCAUCUACAACCUUGUACAUAAUCAGUGUAACGUUACCAUCUUUGUUUGGAAUCGAAUUCUUGCUACGAUUGUCAUCCAUCUCCAUGUUCCCGGCGCAGGACUCCGACGCGGCAAUCCGUCUGACAGACACCGACGCGGCGUUGGCAAGACUCUCGGCUGUACAAAAGGGGUACCUCGAAGAUCCAUUUGUCAAAGCGCUGAUCCCCCGCGCACAUCUCCAAUCUCCUCGUCCGCCGCUGAUCAAUAUCGGGACGUUCGUCCGCGCCACUGCUAUCGAUGAUCUCGUCUUCCGGUGGCUAGACAUAUGUGCGCAGCAGGGCACUAGGUGCCAGAUCGUCAGUCUCGGAGCAGGGAGCGAUACACGCUUUUGGCGGAUUGCGACAGGCGCGAGCAAGGAUGCGCUCGCUGCAUAUGUCGAGCUGGACUUUGCGGAGAUUACGACCAAGAAGGCGAUGGCCAUCCGGAAGAGCAAGGAUUUGAGCGCAGUUCUAGGUUCUACGUCCGACGUCAAGAUCGUUCAAGGCGGUAUGGGCCUGUCCUCCCCCAAGUACCAUCUCUUCCCCGUUGAUCUCCGACAACCGCCGGCCGAAAGAUGGGGCACACUGCUCAGCCCAAUUUUACAUGCGGACCUCCCGACCCUCAUUUUAUCCGAAUUGGAAGGAGGCGCAGUUCUCGGUAGCAUUGUCUAUGAGAUGUUCCGGCUGCAGGAUUCGUUCGGACGCGUCAUGCUCGAUAACCUAAAGGCUCGCAAUGUCACUUUGCCAGGCGCAGUGCCGUACCCGGAUGUGGCUUCUUUGCCUCGCCGUUUUACGGAUCUCGGCUUCGCAGCUGCUCGGGCACUUACCUUGAAGGACAUCCGGAGGUCAUACAUAUCCGUCUCGGAGCUCCAAAGGAUAUCACGCCUGGAAUUGGUCGAUGAAGUAGAGGAGCUGGACCUCGUCCUGGAUCACUACGCUAUCACAUGGGGUCUCUUCGUUCCGUCGUCUACGACUUCGGGCCCUUGGGCGCAGUGGGGUAUCAGUCCGCAAUCAGCGAGAACAGAUGAUGAGGAUUGAAUGCAUCAGGCGUUAGUCUACUGAGUUUUGGCUGCUUUUUUCAAAGCACGACG